AUGACUUCACAAGGAGAUUUCAUUAUCAAUGGUCAUCAUAAAGUGGUAGUUUUUCAAUCAGUGCGGGCUCCGGCCGUUUAUUAUUAUUUUGGAGAAAAAGAAAAUAAUGCUAAAAAUCCGUUGGCGAUUGAAGUUAAAUUUCUUAAUUCGGGGCUAGUAUUUAACUUCCUAGAUAUCUUAAAAACUUUUAAAGUUUCCCCAGAACUUCUGAAAAAUUUGUUUGAUGAAGAAAGUUUAAAUACUGAUGGUUAUCAAGAGAUUAAAGAAUUAGAAAUUGGAACUAGCACAACCAGUUUGCCACGCUUUUUAUUCACGAGUAGCAAGGGCAAUUCUUACUUUAACCUAGGAAAGUUAGGAAGAAGAAAAUAUAACCAAAAAAUAGACCUUAUUCAACAAUUAAAAGGUCAAACCUUAGCCGAAGACUUGUGUGAUAAACAAGGCAAG